GGUGUGUGGAGGGGGGGAGGGAGGAAGAGGAGGAGGAGGAGGGCGGAUUGAGAAAAUUUGUGAUGUGGUACGAGAAGAGUAGCCGGAGUGAGGGGUGAGAGCCGGGGUGGAGAUCAUAGCGGCUGAAGAGUAACGGAACCCAAGUUUUCCAGGACGAGACGGCUGCUGUCAUUAAAGCUCUCCAAUUAACUUCAAGUGAAAAAAAACACACACACAGAGGAAAUCAGCUUCCUGGUUGAGGGGAGGGAGGGAGGGAGGGAGAGGGGGGGUACAUAGAUAUUUUAUUCAUGCCUUAUGUUGGAGCGACUGGAGAACCGGCUUUCCUGUGGCCUAGAUGUUACAUAUGUUCACACACGCACAUGCAUUUGUUAAAAAAAAAAAAAAGAAAGGAAAAAACGUAUACAUAUUUUUGGAGAGAAAUUCUAACCUUUUUUUUUUUUUUUUUUUUGGAGGAAAAGUGGACCCUCACAAACACGAAUGACACUCUUGUAGUCUCAAAGUAACGCACUUGUGCAAAAAAAAAAAAAAGAAAGGAAAAAAAAAAGACAAAGAGGCCGAAGUGGGUUUGAAGCAUGGGCUGUGCUUCAAGUAUUCAUAUCUCUGAUAGGGUGGUCUACCAAAGUGGAAAAGAGUCUGAGGAUUCCCCCUCACCCCAGCAGACUAAUACAACUCAGCAUCAAGGAAAUCCUGCCUCCGGACUACCCCUAAAACCCCCUAGCUGCAAGACCACUUUAACAGAGGUGCAGUUUGGACCAAUGAAGCUAUAUAAAGACCCACUUCAGGUACUUUUAGUUUUUGCCAAAGAGGACAGUCAAAGUAAUGGCUUCUGCUGGGCGUGUGAGAAGGCCAACUACAGGUGCAGCAUGGCGCGGACGCCUGAAUCCGCUCUUGAAUGCUUCUCGGAGAAGCAUCACGACCUCGUCAUCAUUGACCACAGACAUUCCAGACACUUUGACGCUGAAGCACUGUGCCGGUCAAUUAGAGCGGUCAACUCCUCAGAAAACACUGUGAUAGUGGCCGUCGUGAAAAGGCCAGACAGAGAGGAAGCCUCUGUGAUGCCGCUGAUCAAUGCUGGCUUUAAUAGGAGGUAUGUGGAAAAUGCCAAUGUGAUGGCCUGCUACAAUGAGCUGCUACAGCUGGAGCACGGAGAGGUGCGGGCACAGUUCAAACUGAGGGCUAGCAAUGCCAUUUUCACAGCUCUGGAACAAAGCCAAGACGCCAUAGAGAUCACUUCUGAAGAUCAAGUCAUUCAGUAUGUGAAUCCUGCCUAUGAGUCCAUCAUGGGCUACCAACAAGGCGAGCUAAUAGGGAAGGAAAUAAUAGAAGUGCCUAAAAGUGAGAAGAAUAAGCCUGAUCUCCUUGAAACGAUAAACUCCUGCAUACUGAAAGGAAAGGAGUGGCAGGGGAUUUAUUAUGCCAAAAAGAAGAAUGGAGACAACAUUCAGCAAAAUGUGAAGAUCACACCUGUAAUUGGACAGGGAGGAAAAAUCAGACACUAUGUGUCUAUCAACAGGCCUUUAAAUGAUAAUAACAAGAGCGAUAAAUCCACUGAACGUGUGCAGGCAGAGUCGCAAACAGAUAUACAAUCCAGUAAGCACAAGGACCGGAGGAAAGGCUCUCUGGAUGUCAAAUCCAUAACGUCUCGCGGGAGUGAUGGGAGCUCACAGAGGAGACACUCCUCGAUGGCCCGCAUUCACUCUAUGACGAUAGAGGCUCCCAUCACCAAGGUGAUCAACAUCAUAAACCAAGCACAGGAGAGCAGCCCUAUGCCUGUGGCGGAGGCCUUGGAUCGGGUGCUGGAAAUCCUGAGGACCACAGAGCUGUACUCCCCACAGCUGGGCACCAAGGAUGAAGAUCCCCACACCAAUGACCUCGUGGGAGGGUUGAUGACGGAUGGUUUACGGCGACUGUCAGGAAACGAGUACAUCCUCGCUACAAAGCAGCCCCACCAUCUGCCGAGUCACCUGGCAACGCCUCUGUCAUUGAACGACAUCCCCCCUCGGAUUGCCCAGACCAUGGAAACCGAGGCGUCGUGGGACUUUGACAUCUUUAACUUGGAGGCUGCAACCAUGAAACGGCCUCUGACCUUCUUAGGCCUCAAGAUUUUCUCCCGCUUUGGGGUGUGCGAGUUUUUAAACUGCCCUGAAGCUACUUUGCGCUCCUGGCUGCAAGUCAUUGAAGCCAACUACCACUCCAGCAACUCCUACCACAACUCUAGCCAUGCAGCGGACGUCUUGCAUGCAACUGCGUAUUUUCUCUGCAAGGAGAGGGUCAAGCAAAGUUUGGAUCCCAUUGAUGAAGUGGCUGCUCUGAUUGCUGCCACCGUGCACGACGUUGACCACCCGGGCCGGACCAACAGCUUCCUGUGCAACGCAGGAAGCGAGCUGGCCAUCCUCUACAACGACACAGCUGUGCUAGAGAGCCACCAUGCUGCCCUGGCCUUCCAGCUCACCACCAGAGAUGAUAAGUGCAACAUCUUCAAACACAUGGAGAGGAAUGAGUACCGAACGUUACGACAGGCUGUCAUAGAUAUGGUCCUCGCAACGGAGAUGACCAAACACUUUGAGCACGUCAACAAGUUCGUGAACAGCAUCAACAAGCCGCUGGCUGCCCUGGAAGAGAAUGGGGGAAACAGUGAUGAGGAAUCGGUCAAAGGCGUCCUGACCUCCCCUGAGAACCGCAUCCUCGUCAAGCGGAUGCUGAUCAAGUGCGCCGACAUCUCUAAUCCAUGCAGGCCUUUGGAGCUCUGCAUAGAAUGGGCUGGGCGCAUCUCAGAGGAGUAUUUUGCACAGACGGACGAGGAAAAGAGACAAGGUCUACCAGUGGUCAUGCCUGUGUUUGACAGAAACACGUGUAGCAUCCCCAAGUCCCAGAUUUCCUUUAUAGACUACUUCAUCACGGACAUGUUCGACGCAUGGGACGCUUUUGCGGACCUCCCCAACCUCAUGCAGCACUUGGACAACAACUUCAAGUACUGGAAGGGCCUGGACGAGCGGAAGCUGCACAGCCUGCGACCACCUCCGGAGUAGGGGCCGCGGCUCCGGACGCUGGCGCGGCCCAAAAAGUCCGGGGCAGAACCUUCUUUUCUCCAGCUGGGGGUGUCUCUCUCUCUCUCUCUCUCUCUCUACCGUCUCCCAGCCACACAGGGCCCCGUCGCCUUCACUCUCCCGCUUCUGUAGCACGCCGAGGGCCCACGAGUCCGUCCACAAAAAGAAAACCACAGAGGGGCUUCCCCCGACACUGCGGGAUGGGAACUGUGGCCAUCAGGCACGGACGUCCAGCAUCCUUCUGAACUUCUGCGUACGCAGUGUAGCUCUUGGCAUGACUGAAAGAGGGGCGUGGGGGUCCUCGCAGGUCUCUGUGGCGAAGCGCCCCGUCAUCUGAUUACCGUGUAGCCACUCCUUUUUUCCGCCGGUGACGUUGCUGUUAGGAUUUAAAAACUGUGUCUUGCCCACUUAAGGCCAUGUAAUCACUUUUGACCUCUGGCUUCUGCGCUCGCAGCGCGGCAGGGACGCUGGUACAAAACCUUUGGAGGCCACGUCAUGGAAGUACACUCCACUGCUUAUCUUUUUGUUUGUUUGUUUUCAGGCAAUAUUUCCACGUGUCCUUGAGAAACACAAAGCUGACACGCGGCUGUCAUAACAGCAACGAGAGCGGAUGCUUCCUUCGUGGAUCGGGGGGUGGACCUUUUACCCCAGGCCACUGCUCAGAGACAAAUAAUAAAAAAAAAAUAUAAAAAACCUCGACAUCUUGAUCAUAGCUAUCUAAUUACAGGUUAUUUUGUAUGCUUUUUUUUUUCUCUUGAGGGUUCCAUAUUUUCCAUAUCAAAAUUCACAAACAAAUUAGUAAACGUAAGCAAGAACAGAAUAAAUUUAAGAUAUAAAAAAAAGCCAAAGCUAUUAAAGAUGAGUACUAUUAUAACACUCAGAAAUUUACAAUUGUUAUUCAUGCAACCGUAUUAAGCAUUUUUAUUUUCUUAUCAAGAGUACACUACCAGUUUGAAUAAACGAACGAACCCUUUUUUUUGUAUUGCACUGUAACCAUAAUUAGAAGCGUCUACGUCUCAGUGAUUUUUGUCCAGGAACGGGAUGUUGCUUUGGAGAAAUAAGCUGUUUUUUUUUUCUGUUUUUUUUUUUUUUUUUUUCUGUUUAUCAUCAGGAGAUCGUCUGCUUGUGUGAACGCGUGUGGGGUUUUUUUUUUUCUCUUUUUUUAUUUUAUUUUUAUUUGGUAGUUGGUGUGUGAGUGCCCAGGUAUGUUCAUCGUGGCAGCAAUCCCAUACCCCUUGGUUUGAUGCUGUAAAACCGCUUGACAUUUGACAAGAGCAGAAAUAUGUGAAGAAGAAAAGAAAAAAAAAACGUUUUGGACUUGAACAACUUUUUUUUCUUUCUUUCUUUUGUCCUCCCAGAAUUUUUUUGUAUCUGGUUUAUCCUACUGAGAGAAAAAAAAAAGAAAAGACUGCCUUAUUUUGUACAAUAUUUAUACAGUACAUCCCACUGUGCAACUGCAAUGGACAUCUGGAGUUUUUUCUUAUAACACAAGCAGAAGGUUACCUUCAAGUAAAUCUCAAUAUUUUUAUAGACAAUGAAUUUUACACUGGAUUUGCAGCGGACGAGAUCAACCAUAAUAGCUAUCUGAACACCUGUGAAGGAGAAAGCCACACAGAAUAGAGAGCUGAACGGUAAAGCAGGAUGAGGAUCGCAGAGUUGUCUAUCACUGUCUUUAAAGCAGUCUCCUGGAGGCCAGCUUGCAUUGAUUUUUUUUUUUCUUUUUUUCUUUUUUUUGAUCAAACAUCACUUUUUUUUUCUUGUUUUUUUUUUGGCCAAUCGUCCAACAUCCUUAUGCACAGGGUAACAUCUUCUUGUUCCAAGUUGGAGUCAGAUUAGGAUACUAAUAUAUAUGUUAAAGAUUGAUGCUUCUUGAAAAGAUUUCCUCUUUAAACAGUAUAUAAAUGCCAUAACAGCUAAGCAAGCACCGGUUAAUGAGAUGCAUUAACCACAAUUAAUUUUGUUUCUCUCUUACGACAGAAUUGUACACUUAAUCAGGGGAUUUGUUUGUUCCUUCUGAUUCACGUUUUUUUUUUUUUUUUUGGUCUGAAGGCACGGGGGGG